AUGAUAUGUAUCAAUGGUGAUCAUAAUCAUCCUUUCAAUCCAGAUCAACUAGAAGCUAAACUAUUACGAGAUAAAAUGAAGGAACGAAUAAUAAGUGAAACAACAUCAAUUACGAGGAUAUAUGAUGAAGAAGUAGCUAAAGCAAAUCUAUCCAAAGGUGCAGUAGCAGUUUUACCAACUGUAGUUGAAUAUAGGUCUAACAUGAGUAAAGCACGACGAAAAAAUACACCUGUAAUACCAUCAUCUGAAAUAUUCGAAAUUCCAGAAUUAUAUCAACAAACAUUAUCACACAAACGAUUUUUACUUGCAGAUGUAUGUUUAAAACGUGGAAAAAAUCGUAUUUUGAUUUUCUCAAGUGAUCAACAACUAGAACUGUUAUUCGAGAGUAAUACAAUUUUCAUAGAUGGUACUUUUGAUACCUCACCCGGUCAAUUUAAGCAAGUGUAUUUGUUUCAUGCUCAUAAAUUCGGUCAAGGAUUACCAGCUGCAUUUUGUCUUCUGCCAAACAAGCGUGGUAAAACAUAUACAACAUUAUUUGAACUACUAAAAGAUCAAGCAACUGCUAUGGGAAAACAGUUUAGUCCUCAACGUAUUGUAUCAGAUUAUGAACCCGCUAUGUUGCCUAUUGUUCAACAAGAAUUUCCUGGUUCAAUUCAUAAUGGAUGUAUGUUCCAUCUUCAUCAAGCAAUACACCGGAAAAUUAAAGAUUUAGGUUUAGCAACUGAAUAUUUACAUGAUGAAACAAUUCGUGAUCAAUGUCGGCAGCUGAUGGCGUUAAGUCUGCUGCCAAAAGAUCAAGUUGAGAGUCAAUUUCAACGCUUACAAACAACGACGUCACCAGCAUUAGGUGAUUUAUUAUUAUAUUUUAAACAGCAGUGGAUGUAUGGCGUUGUUCCGCUCGAAAUGUGGAACUUCCAUGAUGUCAUUCAUCGUACAAAUAAUACUUCUGAAGCUUAUAAUCUUCGAUUUGCAACUCGAUUAUCAAAAAAACACCCAAACAUCUGGAUUUUCAUUCAACUAAUUCAAAGUGAACAUGCGCGUUUUGAACAUAUUUUAGUUCAACUUGAAGCUGGUGCAUCUGCACCGAAACCAUCAAAAAAAACAACAGCUUUUCAAAUGAGAUUUGAUACUUUGCACAACAGAUAUCUGAAGAAGGAAAUCAACGCAACUGAACUUUUGUCAGGUUUAUCACUAUUAGUUGGAAAGAAAAAAAAUUAG